CCUGAAGACAUCUCGCGUUGCUACUUCAUUUGCCGCGCUUCCGUCGACCGAAGAAAGGGGGAAAGAGGGGAAAGAGGGAAAAUCGGAAAUCCCUCUGAGAUUGUGGGCUUCUGCGGUGUAAGAAGAAGUAGAAGAGGGAAAGUGCGUGUCGAAAUAUGGCGUCUGCGGUGGACAUGGACGUGAACAUGGUGCCGGCGGGGGAGGGCUCGUCUUCGAGCGCCGCGGCGGGGCCGAGCGCCUGCACCAAGAAGCCCAAGCGCUUCGAGAUCAAGAAGUGGAACGCCGUCGCCCUCUGGGCUUGGGAUAUUGUGGUCGAUAAUUGUGCGAUUUGCCGGAACCAUAUCAUGGAUCUCUGCAUUGAGUGCCAAGCCAAUCAAGCGAGCGCAACGAGCGAAGAAUGUACUGUUGCAUGGGGUGUCUGCAACCAUGCGUUUCACUUCCAUUGUAUUAGCAGAUGGCUCAAAACACGUCAAGUCUGUCCAUUGGAUAACAGUGAAUGGGAGUUCCAGAAAUAUGGUCAUUAGUGGUGCUUCUUAAGAGGUUGUUAUAAUGGACGGCUGGCUUCUGUCCAGGGCCAAUUUUUCUUCGCGUGCAGUGAAGAUCACUUCAUCCUCAUAUUAACGGCUCAGACCUCUGUUCAUUGGGUUUCCCUUAAAGCCUGAACCUACUCGCACUUAUCAAAGUUGUCUUGUAUUCUCAUUUGUUGUCUGACCUCUUUUUUCAAGCAAAAACUAUGUACAGUUUCCGCAGGAACCUCCUGUAUGCAUCUGGAUUUAUGUCUCUA